GAUAAAAAAUUCCAAGAUGGCUGCCAAAGUAUGGAAAAUGUAGAAAUUUUGUGGUUUUCUCAUCUUUUUUGAGCUAAACUACGAUAAUGGAAGGUAACGCCAUGGUGAAAGAGGAGGAUUUAGAGAAGGCGGAGGUGGACGCCAUUUCCACGGCGGCUAAACACGUCGCUAACAUGCUGCAGAGGCCGGACCAGUUGGAGAGAGUGGAGCAGUAUCGCCGGAGGGUGGCCAGGAAGAAGGCUUCCGUGGAGGCACGACUGAAAACUGCGGUCCAGUCUCAGCUGGACGGCGUGAAAACCGGCUUGGGGCAGCUCGGGACGGCGCUACAGGACGUGCAGGAGGUUCAAAAGCAGUUGAACGAAGUUGAAGAGACGUACAAGAAGUGCCACGAGCUGAACGAGAAGCUGAAGGAAGUGAAGGCAGUCGGAGCUCGGCACAGCCAGCUGGCCUCCGCCGUGGAGAACCUCAAACACAUCUUCACCGUACCAGAAACAGUGGAGGAAACCCAACAGUUGAUCAACGAGAACAAGUUGUUGAGAGCUCACAAGCUCCUGACGGACUUGGAGACCUCGCGAGAUGACCUCCUUCACGAGAUGCACAAGCUGCCCUCUCCCAGCCCUACGGAUAAUGCACUACUGAGGCAUUAUUUCGCAGACGUUGGGAAACUGUCGGAUUCCAUGGCCAAACAGCUUUGGUACAGCAUCUCCCGCGCCCUGAGCAUGGUACGGAAGGAUCCCACCAUGUUGGUCACGGCACUGCGAAUCAUAGAACGAGAGGAACGGACAGACAAAGAGAUGUUGCAGCGACAAAAAAUCACAGGCUUCCUCCCACCAGGGAGACCCAAGAAGUGGAGAGAGACUUGCUUCAAGACCUUAGAGGUGUCCGUUGCGACCAGAAUUGAAGGCCAUCUGCCGGAAACAAGGGACCUGAACAAGAUGUGGCUGGUGCGUCACUUGGAGAUCACCCGCAAGUACGUCUUAGAAGAUCUGAAGGUGGUGAAGGUGAUGUUUCAGCAGUGCUUCCCGCCCGACUACAACAUAUUCCAGCGUAUGGUGAGCAUGUACCACAACGCCCUGUCGGUGCACCUUCAGGAACUGAUCUCGGACGAACUGGAGUCCAACGAGAUCAUCUCCCUCCUGAUGUGGUACAACGCGUACGAGUCGGAGGAGCUGAUGGGCAACCACGAGCUGGAGAUCGACACAUCGCAGCUCACACCGCUGCUGACGGAGGAGACCACGGCCAAGCUCCAGCAGCAGUACCUGAAGACCCUGUACAAGAACGUCACGAGCUGGACCACCAACACCCUGAACAAGGACGUCAACGACUGGCAGCAGGACACCGAGCCGGAAGCGGACGGUGACGGGUACUACCUCACCCAGCUCCCGGUCAUCGUGUUCCAGAUCAUCUGGGAACACUUGGAAGUGGCGGCACUGGUCAGCCCCCGUCUGAAGUUACGAGUGGUGGACCUGCUUCUCGAGUGCGUACUGCGCUUCACCGAGCAGUACCAGGAGGCCAUCACCACAUACAAGACGACGCAUUUCGAAGAUCGCAGCGGUUCACUCUUCUUCACUGCCUACAUGAUCGCCAUCAUCAACAACUGCCUCGCCUUCAAGGAGUACACUCAGCAGCUGAAGACGAAGCACCUCGCCUCGGAUGAAAAUCAGUCACGCGAGUCCAAAAUCCAGGCCGUCAUCGAGCAGUUCACCGGUAUCGGCAAGCGAAGCUGCCACUAUCUCUUAGAUGAGGUCUUCACCGACUUGGAGCCUCAUCUUAAAGGGCUGGUGACGCGCCAGUGGGUGACCAGCGACACCGCCGUGGACACCAUCUGCGUGACCGUGGAGGACUACUGCCGCGACUACGUCCACCUCAAGCAGCACUUCUUCGUGGAGCUGAUGGUGGAGGCCGAGAAGCGAGUCACGGUCGAGUACAUCAUGGCGAUGAUCGGGCGCCGGAUUUCCUUCAAGAAUUACGAGGACAGGAAGGCUUGCGCGGAGAAGGUGCAGAAGGAGGCCGCCCAGCUGAUCCAGCUGUUUUCCAAACUGGCGCCGAGCCAGGAGAAGUCCCCCUGCGAGGUCCUCAAGGUCAUGGCAGAGGUCAUCAAGCUGCAGGACACGGCCUUCCUGUCCUUGGAACUGUCCGGUCUGGUCAAGGACUACCCGGAUAUCCAGCCGGAGCACAUCCAGGCCCUGCUGGCCCUCAGGGGAGACGUCAGCAGGUCCGAGGCGAGACAGCUCGCGAACGAAGUCCUCGGGGACGAGGCGGAAAGAGCCAAGAAACCCGCGCCUCCCCCCGGUGGCAUGUUCGCACAGAUCACCAUGCAGCCAACCAUGCCACUCAUCAGGAAAAACUGAAGCACAUUGGUUGUGAA